GGGGAACAAUGCGUCAAUGUUUUGAUAGAGAGCUGCUGUCAACCUUAAUAAUUUAGCUAAUGGUCUUAAACCUACCAGAGUUGUUAUUUAUAUUUUAUCUGACACAUAUUGACUUUGACAGUGGCUUAGUUUGUUAGACAGUGACUCACUGACGUUAACGUUAACCACUGCUACAUCCGACAGAAUUUACUGGUUGACAAACGUUAGUUAGCUAGCUAAAGGCUAAAGCUAAAGGAUGUUUACCUCACAGACCUCGUCCUUUCAAGACUCAAUUGAUGUGGAAGAAAAAGACACAGAUUAUGACAAUGAGGAAAUUGGCGGAAUUAGUCCACGAAUACAACAAAUCAACUGCUAUUAUUCAAUUUACUUUUACCAAAGCACAAGAUCUGAGGCUGCUGAAGACAGUGUGGCGUGGUCUCAAAGAAGAGCAGAUUCAACCACAUGUCAUGAUGACUUUAGCCUCACCCUAUUGGACAGCAGCCUGCCUCCAGAGGCGGAGCCACAGCUGCGAUGCUAUAUCUCGCGCAGACUGAGCAAAGGAGCCCUGUUGGGGGGCAUGGGCAACAUAGCCACUGUGGAGCUGAGCAUCCCUGAGCAGUCAGUCGGUUGCUAUUGUUGCCUUCUAGAGCAGGAGUCCUCUCCUGACCAGUCAGAAGAUGGCAAUGGCUGGGUGGUCUGCUUCCUUGGAGGUUCAGAGAAGGGUCUAAAUCUGUUCCGACUUGACCUGGACAAGUAUGUGCAAGGUCUGCAGAACAGCUUGAGUCCAGAGAUGGAGAACCUGGAGUCAGAAGUGAGGCCCUACUUGAGUCGCUGGUAUGAGGAGUCAGUCAUGCACAUUCACAGAGUGGUGCAGCUGGUCCAGGGUGACGUCUGUUUCCUGUUGCACGCGGCUUUGAGUCAUAUCCUUGUAGUGGUUGACGAUUCAGAUGAGAGAACGAAGACUGAUGUAGCCAGGUUCAUCAAAGCUGCCAGUCUGCAGGGUUUGGUUCAGGAGGACCCGACCACGGCUACCCUGAGCAAAGCCAUGUCAGAGGAGGCCCCCACAGACCUGGUCAUUGACUGCUCCACUAGUCCACCCACAUUCUCUAACACAGUUAGUAACCGCUUCUGUGAGGACUGGAUCCAAGCUUUCCUGAAUGGCUCCGAGAGGUGCAACCCAUUCCUCCUGAGGCAGAUUCUGGAGAACUUUAAGCUUAAGGCCAUCCAGGACAUGAACAACCUGAAGCGCUUCAUCCGACAGGCGGAGAUGAGCCACUACGCGCUCUUCCGCUGUGGCCAGUUCCUGCGCGGCUGCGGCAACGGUGAGAUUCUGCUGCAGAACGCGCGGGCCGAGCACAGCGGGCUGCCUGAGGCCUGCGGAAUCAUCCGCGUGCUCGAGGAGUUCCUGAGUGAGCAGGCUAUGGCACCUGCUGAAGUGCGCUGACCAUAGAAAACACAAACACACACACACACACACACACACACACACACACACAUAUAUAUCAACUUGAAGCCCUGCGCACUAACUGCAGACAAAGAACACACACACACAUUCACACACAUACACACACACACACACACACACACACACACACACAUACACACACAUACACAAACACACACAUCAACUUGAAACCCUGCGCACACACACCACCUUGAAACCCUGCGCACUAACUGCAGAUAACACACACACACACAUACACACAUACACACACACACACACACACAUACACAGAUACACACACACACGCACACACAUAUCAACUUGAAACCCUGUGCACUAACUGCAGACAUAGAACACACACACACAUACAUACAUACAUACAUACAUAAAUCAUAUAUCAACUAAAAACCAUAGAAACUAACGACAAACAAAGCGCAUACAAUUAUGCUCAACAAAAAAAUGACACGCACAGUACUCAUGAUGUGUGUGCACCAAGUCUUUUUAAACAUGCAUGAACCCAGUGCACUGGAACUAGACAUUGGAACACAGACCAUACACUAACUACACAACCCUCUUUAAAAAGACACACAAUUCUGACCCCUAUUUAUAAUGCUAUACAAACACUAACCCUCUUCCAAACUGGCUAAUUGUGUGUGUGUGUGUGUGUGUCAAAUGUCAUUAUUACAGGCCACUGUAAUUGUACUUUAAUUUAUCAGUGCUGAUCCUCAUAAGCAGUAAAAUGACACAGGGCAGCAUUGGGAGAGUGGACCAAAGUUCAAAGACCAAGUUGCUCAAUGCUUUAUCUUUAGCUUUGUCAGUUUAUUUGGAUCCAAUGAUUUAUUGUAGAGGUUUAAAAAAUCAUGAAGCUUCGUGCCUGCUUUUUGCCUACACAAUUACUUUCUCCAACAUUUUACUUUUUUUGCAAUCCCAAGUGUAACCUUUAUUUUUGACUGACUAUUGUUGCAUGUAUCAUUUCAAGUGAAUUCAGUGCACUACCUAGUUACUUUGUAUCAAAUGUUUUCUGUUGCAGAAAUACUGACAUGCUUUAAAAAUGACAGAUUAUCUCUUAAGUUUACAAGAUUCUUUAAAAUACUUUUAUUUGAAAUGUGGUCACAAAGACUUGUGUAAACAAAUAUGUUAACAUGACAACAGGUCUGAUGUAGGAUAAUGAUUUGGCAGAGCCUGUAUUUGUGAUAUUUUGCCAGCCAACUCCAUCCAUUCCCAAAACUGUAACUCCAGAAUGCUGAGCCUAAAGCAAUAUUGUGUUUGUGUGAAAAUGUGAUCAUGUUUUGACUGUGAAACGAAGAGAUCGUGUCAGAGACGGUUCAUAGUUGUGCUGUGACGUAGUGACCUGUUCCAGUUGUUCCUACUGACUAUCACGCUAAUUGUGUCUCAAUUCAGCCAGCAUCAUUCCAUCUCUCCAGCUGUGUUUCAACUUAUGUCCGAUAUUGUGAAAGUGAUUAAAUAAAUGUUGAAUACUA